AUAGCCAACAUUUAACAAACUCCAGCCAACCCAAACCUAACAACAUGGUACACACCACCAAUCAACAAACACACUUCAUCCUGGUACAUGGUGCAUGCCAUGGAUCCUGGUGCUGGUUUAAGCUCAAACCCCUUCUCGAAGCUGCCGGCCACCACGUAUCCGCCUUCGAUCUCACUGCCUCGGGCACCAAUCUCCAAGUAAUACAACAAGUUGCUACACUUGCUGAUUACACAAUGCCAUUGUUGGACUUCAUUGCCACCCUUCCGCUAGACGAGAAGGUUGUGCUUGUGGGUCAUAGCCUCGGCGGCAUGAACAUCGCCCUCGCCAUGGAAAAGUUCCCCCAAAAAGUCUCCGUCGGCGUUUUUCUCACCGCCUUCAUGCCUGAUACCGAUCAUAAGCCUUCUUAUGUUCUAGACCAGUAUAAUGAAAUCACUCCAGCAGAAGCUUGGUUGGACACAAAGUUCUUGCCGUACGAUGCUGAUCAACCUGAUUCUGAAAUGUCUAUGUUUUUUGGCCCCAAGUUUUUGUCUUCUAAGCUCUAUCAGCUCACCUCCGCUGAGGAUCUUGAAUUAGGGAAAACAUUGAUCAGGCCUUCUUCGUUAUUUAUGAAAGAUCUAAGGAAUGCGGAAACAUUUACCAAAGGAGGAUUUGGUUCUGUAAGACGGGCAUAUGUCAUUUGCGAUGAAGAUAAGGGUAUCAAGAAAGAAUUUCAACAAUGGAUGAUUGAUAAUAAUCCGGUCGAUGAGGUGAAAGAACUGAAACAUGUUGAUCAUAUGCCGAUGUUGUGUGACCCAAAGCAACUUAGUGUUUGCCUCCUUGAUAUAGCUGUUCAAUAUGCUUAGUGACCCAAAGUUCUUCUAGCAAUAUGAUGAAUUGGCUUUGAAUAAUGAUGAUUUCUCAAUUAAUAGUAAUUUGUAUCUUUUUAAUUUGACAAUUAAACAUAUUUUAUGUGUGCUUUCUAAAUUUGUUAAAUAAAACCAAAUGAUGUAAUCUUUUGAUCACUACCUAUAGCAUGUUUAUGUUAAAAUCAGCCAA